AUAACACAUUUAUGUAUGUAAUUCCAUACUUGAAUAUGAGCUGCUUACUAAAAAAAAUGUCUUAUUGUCCUUUAAAUUAAUUACAAUUGAAUUGAAUGAAAUAGAUUUAACUACACAUCUGAACAGUUCUCAAUGUGGCACUGAGUCUGACAAUUUUAAUAAUGUAAAUGAAUAAUAAUAAUAAUGGUAAUGAAAAUAAUACCAGUUAUUUUAACUGUGCUUUAAAAAGUCGGGCAGUUUGUUCAUAUCUAGUUUUACUCUCGUACAAAUAACUGGAUUAUUGGCAUUCCAACAAAUUGAUCAAAGAUGAAGCACUGUCUAUUUUGAAUUGUCAAACUUUUGACAGCAUGUGAAAGGCUGAGUUCUCACUAUCUGGCAAACUUGAAAACAUCAAGCGGAUUUCAGUAUUUUUAAAUAUAUUGUAUUGUAAAAAAGUCACUUUUUGUUGUUAUUGUAGAUGUAUGUCUUUAAGGCCCUAUGUAAAAUGUAUAGUGGAACCAUAGGUUCAGAGGUUUACAUUUGUACUCUGACUGCAGCGGAAUGCUUCAGUCAAGUCAGCAGCCCUUCGUCCAACAGACCCGUUCCACCGUCUCAGUCUAUUUUACCCUGUGCUUGUUUCACCGCACACAAAUGGAUCCCUGGCAUGCAGAACAUGUUGUUCUCCGCAACUAAUGAGAUUAAAACGCCGUUCUCCACAGUCAGAACUGACACUUCAACAUAAGUCGGAUGACACGUUCAAGUCGCUUAAAGUGUCAUAAUAUAUCUGGAUACACCUGUAUUACAGGAUUAUCCGAACCCGUGUUGAAUAAGACCUAAACAAGCAGUAAAAGAUACUGUAUAACACUGUGCAGAUUAUUGGAUUCCGGUCCAGAAGGUCAAGGUCAGUGUCGUUUAACUGGCUCGUAGAAUUGUCGACAAAAAAAGGGACAAAGAAGAAGAGAAUAUUGCAGGAUUGAGGUGAAACAAGGAUAUCAUGGAUUAACUUAUUGUCACAGUGCAAAUGUAAGAAAAAUUGAUUAGUUAAGGAAUGUAAUUUUACAUAUACCAUUGUUGGUAUUUUUCAAACCGUGUGGAGGAGCUUUAAACAAUGACUUUUAUAUUCAAACGCCGUCUUUUAGGAAAAACAAUGCGUUGUGUAACACUAAUUUAAAAUGCAAAAAGAGAGUAAAGUUGCUCUGGCACGCCUAUACAUCGUAUCAAACAACAAACAGAAUUAUGAGAUGCAAUCAAAGUCUUCGAAUGAGUCAAACGUGUACAUAGGAGCCCCUGAUUAUCUGUAUUUCUUCAUAAUCCUGCACGUACUGUAUUGAUCGUGUGCUGCAGACGUGCAGACUGGCUGCUCCUCAGAGUUCAGACCGGUGCAAGCAGCAGGGAUUUUAAAGCCCAAACCGCACGCAUCGCAUCUUUCCUCAGGCGUCGCCAUGUGUUCAUGUGUUCACAUGUCCCCAUGUUUCUGACCCACCUCUGUGACACAUCGACCCACGAGAUUUUCUGUGAUCUAGUAUUAUCUUUCUAGUAUUUAGGAGUCUGGCAGUUUGAUAAGAAGAUCAGAGGCGUCUGCGCGCCUGAUCGGAUCUCACCCAAAUGUCUCUGAAUAAGAAUUAAAGUGACAGACAGGAAAAAAAAAAAAAAUUAUAAAAAUUGAUUCCAGAAAUACACUUGUUUUUUUCCAUGAAAGGAUCCAGGCGGGAUCAUGGGAGACGGCUGCCACAAAUUGAUAGAUAUAUGUAAUAGUUGUCAUUUAAUUGUGUACUGGUCUACCGUUAUUCCUUCGCUCUUCUCAGGUCAAUCUGGAGCUUUCUCCGUGGGCCUCGAAAUAGAAAAGUAAAUUCUGUCAUACUAGCCUGUGAUUUCUUGACUCAUUAGGAUAAUGGGAAUUCAAUUGAGUUCACAGCCGGUGAUUUUGUCAGAUUCACUGGUUUAAUUGUUAAUUGUCAAUAGGAGUGUUUCUUGCCAGUCCUGUAGUCUGUGUACAAAAUCCUCCUCUCAUAUAACUUAUUCCCUUUAUAUAAUAUUUUAUUAUUGUAAAUCCAGUUGGACUAGAAAUUCAAUGGAAAUGUAAAGGUCUUUUGAAAAUGUGUCAGGAUAAAUGGGGCUUUACAUAAUAUCAUAAACUGUAACUUAUAACAUUUUAACUGUAGUGGAACAAUUACAUCAAUGUUGCAGCUCUAAUGAUUUGAACAGAACACUGUAUAUUCACAAUAUCAAAGAAAGUUCUUUGAAUGAAUGAAAAGUGAAAUUAACGACAUCGAUACUUUAAGAUCUCUCUCAUUUAAUAUGCGAGACAGGUGAGUCUGUUGUCUGUCCCAUAUUACUGACUAGUCUGUGCAGUAUUCACCUGAAAUUAAUUCAUAUUGUAAGGUCAAGGUGAAACAAGGAUAUCAUUGAUGAACUUAUUGUCACAGUGCAAAGGUAAAAGAAAAAUGAUUUGAAAAAAAUGAGCUCUUCCAUUGAUGAUAGCGAGAGCAUUUCUAUGAAGUAUUUUAUAAAACAACCGGUCAUGGCGAAGUUUCGAAGAAAUGUUAAAUUAUUGAAGAAGGCAUUAUGAAUCCCAAACAGAUAGACAUGUUCGCCAUAAGGCUUAUCCCAUCUUUAUUGAACAGGAGGCCUAAUCAAUAUGGCUGAGCAGAGCCGUGUCUGGGAUAAUAGGUGAAUUAUCUGAAACAGAUAAUUCUUGAUUAAUGAAAAAAGUUAGUUUCCCCAAUAGGUUUUAAAAAUAAAUAUAAUAUAAUAAUGAAAUAAUAGUGUUAUAAAAACAUACAUACAUCAUUCAAACGAUUCAAAAUAGGACUUAUUUUGUUAAUUGGAUUUGUCCAGUGAUCUAAUCUGAAAUAGUUUUUUGUUUUGUUAAUUGUUCUUCCAAAAAGUGUUUCAUACAUUGAAACGCUGUCGUGUUGAAUGUGUUCACGUCUUUCCUGUUUGCGUUCUGCGCAUUAGCUUCGCUGCAGUGCUUAAAUACAUAUUACAGUCUUAACUGUAAAAAGUCAGGGUUGGGUGUGCACAAAACAAACGCCUUAUUACAAUCUUCUUAGUGUCAUAACCUCGAGCGCUUUUACAGAUUUUGUUUGAAACGGGAUAAGCAAAGGGAGUUUAUACGCAUGGGUUGAAGGUUAAAGUGCUCGGACAGAUUCCAGGGUUAUGAGAACUAACGAUUCUAGAUGAUAUGAGAAAACCUCGUGGAACAGAUUUUUUUCCUUUUUUUUCCUCGAACUUUGUUUCCUUGAGAAUUGCUCCUCCGCCCGGGGCGGGGCUGUUAUUGGGUGGUAUUUACUGUACGUGUGACGCUCAAGGUCUUAAUCUGUGACAUCACCACUGUCUGUUGCACAUCACGGAUUUGUGAAGUACAAGAUUAGAGCUCCACUUCGUCAUAAAGCUCUGCCGGAUGGUCGGACAGUUGCUAGGUGAGGUCCGCGCUCGUUGGAUUUGUCUGUGCCUCGAUGUAGGGUGCACCUCCCUCGCGUCUGCUUGUUUUCUCAAACCAGCAAGCUUCUGACCGUCAGAUUCACGUGGCUCGAUGCUUGGCAUCGGACAGGAUUUUUUGAUUCUAUCUUGAGAGCAGAGUUUACCCAGAACUUUUUUUAUGGUAGUCUUCGGUUGCCCUCCAUGAUGAACUACUGCAUCCCAGACAUGUAUGAGAUGCCUCACGUUGGCAUGGGAGGCUACACCAUGCAGGGCAGUGGGGAACACUGCAUGUACCCAGAUGAGGGGCCCGGCUAUGGCCACUGCGAGCCCCAGCCCCUGCACCACCCGCCCUGCAUGGAGCAGGCUUGGCUGCCCAGCCAGCACUACUCCUGCGCGUACGCUGGCGGCCCGCCGGUUUUUAAUAGCGAUUAUUGCAGCAUGGACAUCCCUCUUAGUCACUGCCUUCAUCAGCCCGAGUAUUUCCCUGAGAUCAAACCCGACUUCCCACACCUACAGUGGAUUCAGGGGGCGCACAAACAAGGUUACAUACCGAGUUACCUGGACAAGGAUGAGCUCUGUGUAGUGUGCGGGGACAAAGCCACGGGCUAUCACUACCGCUGCAUCACCUGCGAAGGUUGUAAGGGUUUCUUCAGGCGGACGAUCCAGAAGAAUCUCAACCCGACCUACGCCUGCAAGUACGAGGGGAAAUGUGUCAUCGACAAAGUGACACGAAACCAGUGCCAGGAAUGUCGCUUCAAGAAGUGCAUUGUGGUGGGAAUGGCAACCGACUUGGUGUUGGACGACAGCAAGAGGCUGGCCAAGCGGAAGCUCAUCGAGGAGAACCGGGAGCGCCGUCGGAAGGAGGAGCUGCAGAAGACGGUGUGGGACCGACUGGAGCCCACCCAGGAGGAGUGGGACCUCAUCCGCAUGGUGACUGAGGCCCACAUGGCCACGAACGCCCAGGGCAACCACUGGAAGCAGAAGCGGAAAUUCCUGGUCGAGGAAGCUAUGCUUCUUAAUGAAAUAACAUGUAAUUUAUUCUAUACUUCUGACCAGAGUGCAGCGGGGGUGAAGGAAGAUAAGGCUGAGGAUAUUGGUCAAGCGUCCAUGGCAAAUACACCUGAAGGAAACAAAGUGGAUAUAGAAGCCUUCAGUCAGUUUACAAAAAUAAUCACCCCUGCCAUAACCCGAGUGGUGGAUUUUGCCAAAAAACUGCCUAUGUUCUGUGAGCUGCCUUGUGAAGACCAGAUCAUUCUGUUGAAAGGCUGCUGCAUGGAGAUCAUGUCGCUGCGAGCGGCUGUCCGCUACGAUCCGGAGAGCGAGACGCUCACGCUGAACGGGGAGAUGGCGGUCACGCGGGAUCAGCUUAAGAACGGAGGCCUGGGCGUCGUGUCGGACGCCAUCUUCGACCUCGGCGUGUCGCUGUCCGCCUUCAACCUGGACGACUCCGAGGUGGCUCUCCUACAGGCCGUCAUCCUGCUGUCGUCCGAUCGGCCCGGCCUGAGCAGCGUGGAGCGAAUCGAACGCUGCCAAGAGGAGUUCCUGCUGGCCUUUGAACAUUACAUCAACUACCGCAAACACAAAGUGGCGCAUUUCUG